AUUUAUUAUGAUCUUUACAUCAUCAGAUUUUCUGCUUAAAAAUCCUACUUCACAUUUAAUUAUCAAAUUAUUUGAUUUCACGAUUCAUCGGCGAGUCACGAGGGAUACGCGAGAUCCUGCGAAGAAGCUUGCGGUCAAAAGGACACGCUCCUGUCGAGCGUUGGAUUCCUCGAUCGGCCGACAGGCGGCGCUCGCGUAACGCGUAGAAUUGCCCGAGUGCAGAGAAAUUAUCCGGUGGAGGAGAAGGAGGACAACGCCAAUGACAUUGACGGGCGAGGACCGGCGAGAUCCAUCCGAUCUAUAAAACCGGCGCAGGACGAUCGAUUCCAGGAUGUCGUCGCAGGCCAACUUGCUGCAAGGCUACAAUUGGGAAACUCAGUGCGACGAUCCGCAGGUGCAAUUCUCUCGUCCUAUUCCAGAUGAAGUUAUCAGCGUUUACGAGGUUUACGUGAAGGAGGAGUCGGGUCCAGACUCGAGGAGCGGUGAUACACCGAGUGUGUCGGGAUUAGGAUCCACAACCGAUCAGCAAUUGAUCCAAGUAAUUAAUUGCUGCGAAAGUUUUAUCGAUGAAAACAAUUUGCGAUCAUGUAAAAUCACUUUCAAGGAUGAUUGCAUGGACCUGGAUGCAGCUAUAGAUUCCGAAGUGAUCAAUAUCGAUGGCACUGUCACAAAACUCCUCGGCAAGGAAGCGUUAAGGUACAAAAUUCUCGAGCAGAGCGUCAAUACGCCGGAUGAGAAUGUAGUUGUAUAUUCACAUCCUGUUGCUGAAGGUCCUUCGUCCACUACAACGCGACUUAUCGAUAAGGAUGAUCCGCGAUCCAGAUUGCAUUUUGUAAAAUAUUUAAAACGCGACGGAAAGACGCUUAAAAUCUGGGAAUGCGGCAUUUGUUCAAAAGAGUUCCGUCACCAGUACACCCUGAUGAGACACUUGCCGACCCAUACUGAUGAAAGAAACUUCAAAUGCGAAGCUUGCGGCAAGGCUUUUCGCCAGUUGUCAACAUUGAGUCAACACAAGGCCAUACAUAGCGAUGCUAGGCCCUAUGUAUGCGAAUUCUGCAAGAAAACAUUUAACAGGGUGUCUACAUUAAUUUCUCAUCGAAAAACACAUUCGGAACACAAGCCACACAAGUGUCACGUAUGCGGUAAAGGGUUUCAUCAAAAGGGCAAUCUGCGUAAUCACGUGUUCACGCAUACGAACGAGCGGCCAUAUAAAUGCGAGCUUUGCGGCAAAGGCUUCAAUCAGAUGUCAAAUUUGGUCUGUCAUAAGGUAAAGGCGCACGCACACGCCGACAAGAUGCAAUAUUCAUGCGGAGUCUGCGGAAAGGAGUUUCCGCGUAGAUUCGCCUUACGAUCGCACGAGGAAUACAAGCACGGUAUAAAGUAUCGAAGCACGAGCAACGCGCAAUCUACUGUGAACGAAUCUAAUACAAAAAGCAAGAACGUUAGAAUCAUACAAUUGUUCAAUGGCGAUCGAAAUCAAACGAGCGAAAACAAAGAGAAGGAUUAUUUUGGCUCAUCAGAUUUAAUGGAUAGCAUUGUGAUAAACAAAAUCGAAACAAAAGCAAUGGAGGUUGCGUUGCUGCAAGGCCAGACUCCCUUUGCUCUUUAUAGACCUAUUAAGGGUAUACCGGUACUUGUCAAAGUUUUGUCCACUGCAAAUAAUAAGCACAUACUUGUACCUGCGACUGCCGAAGAUUUGCGACUAGCGGGAAAAAUAACUUCGAAUCCUAGCGAGACUUCAGAUGCUGACGGCAACAAGGCUGUUCAGGUGAAAGUACCGGUAGUUGCCACGGUGAUACAGAAUAUCGAAGCCGAUGGUAAAUCUAGCUUCGUCGUCGAGCCUCCCGGAACAGAACAGGAGCAAGAUGAUUUAGUGACAGCGUUGGACACGCAGUUCUCACUUUCUGAGCCUGAUCCAAACGAAGUGAACCGUCAAAACAGCGCGAAUUCAACUCCGUCAAUAGACGAGUGUAACGAAUUAUUGGAGCUGGCUGCGCAAGGUGGAAUACAAUUUGUUCGUGCUACGGAGGACGGUCGUUACGAGGUUAUGACAAGCAGCGAAGCCCGCGACUUAAUGGCGCAGAAUUCCCACGAUGUAACGAUUCUUGACAGCGAACAGGCGGAUGCCAUCAAUCUUGUGAAUAUACGCAAUAAUGGUGACGUCAUCAUUGGCGACAACGAUAAUCAGAUCAUGGUGCUGGAAUCUGGCCAGAAAUCCAGCAGUAUGUCAAUGGACGGUAUCGAGAUUCUCGAGGACAAAGACAUUAGGAUUCUUGAGGGUAAAAGCCUCGACGAUCGUUUCGCGGAUGGUAUAACAUUCCUUUCCCAGACCAAAAUCGAUGAUCUUCUGCUGGGUCCCAAAUCGCUGACUAUCGACAGCGAUAACGUCCUCGUCGGGCAUGACGAUGCCAUAGCCAUAUCGUCGAGUCAGCAGGAUUUAACAAGCAUCUUGGGUCAUUCUUCGAAUCUAUCCACUAGUUCGCAAUCCUCAUUAUCGUCUCUGUUAAUGAAGAACCAUCCACCAUUGUCAUUGUUGAACGAGACAUUCCCGUAUCUGAAGAGCAGUCAGAGCUUUGCGGACGAUCUAAACAUUCUGGGCGUCUCCCCCAUGACAGAUCAUCAUUUAGAGUAUGAUCCAAAAAUGAGAUUGCCAUCGGUUUUCGACGACGACUGCGAUACCGGUUUAUCAUUCGGUCAAUCGGACAUAAAGAUGAUGGAUUCCGGAAAUCAAUGUAUUAAGCCUUUCGGUGACAAAUUUUGUUUACCGCCUCCCAAGAUGUUUUCCGGUCUGAACGAGGUAAAGAUUUUGGGGCCGAAGAAUCAUAGUCACGAAUUGGUCGCUCCACAUUAUCAAGAUAACAGACUUCUCAGUCCCUUCGAGCAGUUUCUUAAAAACACUACCAUGCAAACGAGUGGUUGUAUACCUAAUACUAUCGACGCAUUUGAAGGGUGCAGGAAAGAAGUGAAGAUACUUGGUAAAAAACUCGGCACCGGCAUUAUCACUACGACCGAGGAAGGUGAUAUUGUCAAAGUUGUCGAUGACAAUUCUAAAUUCGAAACGAGCAACAAUGCAAUGGAUCUUUGUGAUAACGCCUUACAGCAGUGUACAACCAUGUCACCGAGACGAUUGCGCCGACAGCCGUCGAUGGAGAGCGACGUCGCAGAUAACUUCUUACUCCAAGUAAAAACCUUUGAGAGUAAUUACGGUAAAAGCGACGAAAAAGAGAACGUUUCUCCGAACCUGCACAGGCCGGCAGUCCCUGCUCCGAUUUUCUGAAUUUUGGCAAUCGCUUCGGUGGCAAGAACCUGUCGCCUGAAGGUCAUCUUGAUAGGAGUCAGAAAGACGAUCGUGGGGAUAGUUUCACACCCGGAGAAAUAUUGGAUCUGGAUUGACGAUGCGCGACGAAAGCCUCUGCAGAAAUAGUUUCUUACUUCUGGAAUUACUUGUUCUUUGUAUCACUAUCCUCUGCGAUUCUUUUGUGAAGAUAUUCGUGCGUUGCUUUGGAUUCUCUUCGAUGUAUACAAGGAGCACAGGACGCCUGAAUUUUCCACGUUACAUCCUGGUG